AUGCUGUGGUCGCUGAUUGUUGCGGGGGUGACCGUGCUGCUGCUCGCUCUUCAUCUGCACCACCGCAAGAGGAAGCUGGACAUACCUGGUCCUUACCAGCUGCCCAUCUUGUGCAACCUCAUCGACACUUUCCGCCACAAGCACCGCCUCCAAGACUACAUGCUCGAACAGGCCAGCAAGGGCUUCACCAAGCUGACCUCUGUGCAGUCGCCCAAGGGCACCUUCCACUUCGUGUUGCCUUUCGGGGGCGAUACGGACGUGAUGGUCACAGACCCGCCCUCGGUCGAAUACAUCCUCAAGACCAACUUCGAAAACUUCACCAAGGGUCCCCACUUCAAGGACAAGCUUCAAACUCUGCUGGGAGAUGGCAUCUUCAACACCGACGGUCAGCCAUGGAAGGAACAGAGGUGCAGCAACCUUAUGAUCGGAGAGAUCGCUUUUGGCUUCAACGUCGACUCCAUGCACAAGGACUGCUCCUUCUCGCAAGCCUUCGACGCCGCGCAGGAGUGCGCCGUCGAUCGGUUCCUCUGGCCGUUCUGGAAGUUCACUCCUUCGCCGAUGGCCAGCUACGUGAAGAUCCUGAACGACUUUGCCGCAAACGUACCACUGCCCUAA